CGAAUGAGAGUCAUGGAGAUUUUAACUGCGUAUUUUGAACUUGACUAAAAUAAAAUAUAAAUACCCUAAGUUUCACUUCAGCGCAAGAAAUGUAUGGAACCCAGUACAAGUGUUGAAGGGCUUGGAAAAUUGGAAGGCAGAAGAUAGAAGAAGGGUAUCACGGAACACAGAACACAACACAGCAGAACACAGCAAAGUGUGUCUCUUUGGGGUUGAAAGGGGAAGCUAGAAUGCCCAUCAGAUGUAUUUUGCAUUGGCAACCCAGCCAAGGAACCAUGGUGAACAGCCAAAUCCUUAAUGAAAUUUCGCAGUGCGUUGAAACCCUUAACGGCGUCAAAGAAGGAAGAUGCAAAGCCUCCCUCACAUUCUACAGACCUAAUUUACGAGACCCGUCCACGGCCAUUGAUUUCCCUAGAGAUUUUCUGGGGAUUUCGAUGCUAGAGCAGCCCAACAAAUACUACUUCAUCAUUCGCGGCCAGAAGAUUGUUCUGGAGGCCGAUUAUUCUAUCUUGACUAUAAUGGAGAAACUCCAGUCCUACAAGUCCAAAGUGGCCCUUCAUUUCGAGGGAGCGCUGUAUAAAUUGGGCGACUUUCAGGUUAGAGUGAUUAAAGUUGUUCCCAAUCAAGCAGAAAGUCUCAGAGGAAUUAUGAUUGAGAUUGAGUAUCUCCCUAUUUCGUCAGUUGAAAAAUCCAAGCACAUUAUGGAAGAUUUCAUUGAUUUGUGGAAAGAAGUAGUGUCUAAAAAGUCAUUAGCGGGUCAGUUCGUGCAUACAGAACCAAAUUAUGCAGAAUAUGGACUUUCUGACAAUUAUACUUGUCAGCAUACUGCUGUUCAGUAUGCUGCUGCGUUGGCCCAACUAAUUCAAUCUUCACAGCUACGAAACUAGAACCUUGUAAGGCUUUCCUUUCUCGUUUAUUACAUGAAAGUUGAAAGAUCACUCCUUUUUGUGAGAGGGAAUUUCAGAUUCAUAUAAGGUGUGGAGUGGGAGACUGUGUUGAUACUCCUUUCGUGUAUUAUAGUCAUCUAACGCAACGUAUACAUUGCGCUUCUCUAGGUACCAAGAAUCAGAAUGUGAAAUUUAAUUGACAAAAUCCUUUUUUUUUUUUUUUCUAUUUGUUUCCAUAGUUAUCUGCAGAACAGAUAAUUUCAAUUGGGUGUUGAUUGGAAGAAAUAUUUCUUAAAGUACUAGAUCCUGCCCCCAGCAUAUUUCA